AUGUCUACCAUCUUGAUUUCCGGUGCCAACAAAGGAAUUGGCCGUGGUCUUGUCGCCAAAUACCUAGCUCGCGAUGAUGUGACUGUGAUCGCAGCAGUCCGCAACCCAACCUCCUCGGAAGCAACCUCUCUCUCUGACUUUCCCACGGGGAAGACUAGUCGGUUGCUUAUUGUCAAAAUUGACGCCAGCUCUGACACUGAUGCCAAAGCUGCAGUUGAGGCAUUGUCUGGCCAUGGGGUGUCAGCUCUAGACAUCGUUAUCGCUAAUGCGGGAGUCUUUGACAUAGCCGCUUUCACCGCUGUUGCCGAUUCUUCUAUUGAGCAAAUCAAAAUCCAUCUAGAUGUGAACACUAUCGGUCCUGUGCGCCUCUUCCAGGCUACACUCCCUCUCCUUGAGAACUCCUCCUCCGCUCGUUUCAUCCUAAGCAGUAGUCUUAUGGGAACGAUCGGAGGUAUUCAAGAUAUCCCGCUCAAGAUUGCGCCUUACGGUGCUAGCAAGGCUGCAGCGAACUUCUUGAUCCGGAAAAUCAACUAUGAGCAUGAAAAGAUUGCGACCUUGGCUAUCCAUCCUGGAGCUGUUAAAACAGACGCUGGAAAUGAUGCUGCUCGAGCUGCGGGCUACCCAAGCGCUUUCGUUGAAGUUGAGGACAGCGUGAAUGCAAUUGUCGCCAAGAUCGAUGGUUUGACCAAGGAGAACGGAGCGGGCGAUUUCUGGAACAUCGACGGCACAACCAUCGGCUGGUAG